GAGGUAAGAAUGACUCGGACACACUCGCACUCAUUUCUCUCACUAUAUAAACACCAACUCACUCUCCCCAAAUUCUAUUACACCUAAAACCAACGUCAUCACUCUAGCUCUCUUCUACAAAGCUCAAAUCUGCUUAGUCUUAAUUGUAUGGCCGCCAAUUCCAGUAGCCGACUGAUCGCCAGCUUGGGGAAGCGAGCCGUCGUCAACCAGAUCCGAGUCCGUCCCACCGAGGCGACUCGUCUCUCACCGGCUGCUCCUCUCGCUCUCAGGAGGGCUGCUCAUUCCUCGGUGUAUGACAAGAACCCUGAUGAACACAUUCGUCCUAGCUUUGUCCCGGACGAUGUGAUCUCACCUGAACCUGUGAAGUACUGGGCUCCAAACCCUCGAACUGGGGUAUUUGGGCCUGAGACUGGGCAUAAUUCCACCCAAGCUGGGGAGUCUGGAGCUGUGAAUGGUAGCGAGACGUCGGUGCUGGAGGAGAAGGCCUGGUACCGCCCUACCAACAUCGAGGACUUGGAGAAGCCUCACCCGACUUGAGCUAUUGAGCCGCAUUCAACCUUUCCGCAAUAUUAUAGAAUAGAAGGGUUGAAUCUAUAGAUAAAUAAAUAAACAUAUAGGCGUCGCUACUGCCGGCUGCCUAUAUAUGUAGUUGUUAGUACUAGUUUGUAGUUGUGCAGCGUGUUCGCCCACCCUGCUAUACAAGAACUGGUUGGAUGUUCAUAUUACCAAGCGAGUAGUAGGGCUGGAGUUGACUGCAUUUUAAAUACUUGUAGCUAAACAUGGGACUUCUUCUUCCCAUGGUAUGGUUCUAUAAAAUACUUGGAUAUGGUUGCCUCUC